AGUUUACACAAUAAUGGGACCUUUCCGUGAUCGCCGGGGAGUCCGUAGACAUGUUUAUUGACCGUGUCGGUGUCGGUUUACAACUUUUAACCGCGGAAUUAGUCGACGUGUAUGUCGGCGCUGCUGUUGAAACGGAGUUCUGCUUUCUGUCGGAUGGAAGUAAGCGAGACGGGUCAGUUUUAAGAGACCGACGAGCGGUUUUAGGACAGUUGGUGUGUUUUUAGUUUGUUUUUUUUUUACAGUUCAAUGUCCACAGUAAACUUUGCGGAGGAGCUGGACUUCAGACUGGUGUUUGAGGAGGACGGCGGCGGCGGCAGACAGGCAGCAGGUCCAGAGCUCAAUGUGAGGACUCCUCCCUCCUCCUCCUCCUCCUCCAAUCAGGCUCUGGUGGAGCAGCUGGUCAUCCCGGAGCUGCAAGGCCACCCUCCAUGUUUCCCCUACCUGCACUGCGCUGGCUACCAGCCUCAGGGGCCCCAGUACGGAGCCCAGGGCCACCCCAGAACCUUUGACUGUCCCAGUAUCCAGAUCACCUCCAUCGCUCCUAACAAUAAUGUGGAGCUGGGCAGUAGCCAGGAAGCUUUGGCGGUAGGCGGGGCAGAAGGGGGUUACCCCGAAGCGUCCUGGUCCAGAGGCCAGCUCUACCUGCCCCUGGACCCCUGCUACCGGGACCCGGCGCUGUGCCCGAGCCCCUGCAGCAGCCUGUCCUCCCGGAGCUGGAUAUCGGACCUCUCGUCCUGCGAGUCCUUCUCCAACGCCUACGACGACGUGGAGGGGGAGCUGCGCGAUGCCGACCGGCUGGCCCUGGGGUCCCCUCUCGCCCUGGGGUCCCCCGUUGGGUCUCCUCUGGGGUCCCCCGGCUGUGGGGGCGGGGCGUUCGGGGUGGAGCUGUGGCAACAGAACUACCAGCAUCCGUUAGCCUUCAGUCCGGUGCUGUCGCCCCAGCAGUCGCCCCGACAGUCGCCCAGCCACUCCCCUCGCACCAGCGUCACCGAGGAGAGCUGGCUGAGCCGACGGCCCACCUCCAGGCCGUCGUCCAGACCCACUUCGCCGUGCGGGAAGAGACGCCACAGCGGUGCCGACGCCAGCGCCCGCUCGCCAUCGCCUCACCACUCCCCCAGCCCCACGCCGGGUGCCUCCCCGCGCGGCAGCGUGACGGACGACACCUGGGUGGGGAGCCCCGGCGGCGCCCUGGGGUCCCUCCUGAUGUGCGGCUACCAGGAUCUGGACGUGCCCUCCAAGACCAGGAGGACCUCGGGGGCCCAGCUGGGCCUCUCGGCCAAUCAGGGGGACCCGGGGCUGGAGCCCUUCCUGGAUUCUCCCGGCGAGGACGGACGCGAACAGGACGGCCUGGCUGAUCUCUUCUUCCAGGUGCCGUCCCACUUCAGCUGGAGCAAACCCGAACCUGGGAACCCUCCUCUGUUCAGGAGCUCGUCUAUGCCCCCUCUCGACUGCCCUCUGCCCAGCCAGUUUGACCAGUGUGAGUUAAAGGUGGAGGUCCAGCCCCGAUCCUACCACAGGGCCCACUACGAGACGGAGGGCAGCCGAGGGUCCAUCAAGGCACCUACCGGAGGACAUCCUGUCAUCAAGUUGCUGGGAUACAGCGAGCAGCCGCUCAGCCUGCUGCUGUUCAUCGGCACCGCGGACGAGCGCAGCCUCCGGCCGCACUCCUUCUACCAGGUCCACCGGGUGACGGGGAAGACGGUUACCACCAGCUGCCAGGAGAAGAUGACAGGCGGCGCCAAAGUCCUGGAGAUCCCUCUUCUUCCAGGCAACAACAUGUCCGCCAGCAUCGACUGUGCCGGCAUCUUGAAGCUACGUAACGCCGACAUCGAGCUGAAGAAAGGAGAGAUGGAUAUCGGGAGGAAGAACACAAGGGUGCGAGUUGUGUUCAGGGUCGGUGUCCCCCAGCCGGACGGCCAGAUGCUGUGGCUGCAGACUGCAUCCAACCCUGUGGAGUGCUCCCAGCGCUCUGGCCAGGAGCUUCCUCAGGUGGAGAGUGCCAGUCCGGCCAGCUGCUCCGUAGACGGAGGAACGGAGCUGCUCAUCACCGGAUCCAACAUCUCCGCGCAGUCCCGCGUGGUCUUCACGGAGAAAGGGCCCGAUGGAAGAUCGCUGUGGGAAAUGGAUGCCAGAGUUCUUCCAGAAAAAUGUAGCGGGUCCAGCAUCGUGGUUGAAGUCCCUCCCUACAAUAAGAAGACGACCGAACCGGUCCAAGUCCAGUUCUACGUCUCUAACGGGAAGAGAAAGAGGAGCCUGACGCAGAGCUUCACCUACCUGCCCGCACUCAGACGCCACUUCGCCGCCGCAGGCGCCACGGGAGUCAAACAGGAGCCCUGGGAGACCGACCGCAUCUCCCACAAUGCACCUGGCUUCCACGAGCUGCCCUCCAGUGACCCAGACGAGGCUUAUUACGAUCCCUACCACAUCCCGGUGCAUUGUGGUCCCCCGUCCCAGAGCGUGCCUCGGCUUCAUCACCAUCCUCCUUCCUCUGGCUCCCUCCAGACCGCCUUGAUGUGUCCUCAGGCCUCCUCCACGCCUCUCCUAGACCCCUCCUUGCCCCCUCAGACCUCGAGUCCCCUUCAGACCUCGAGUCCCGCUCAGAUCUCCACCCAGCCCUCGUCAUUGCCCCAUCAAACCUUCGCUGUCCCUCCUCCUCCUCUUCCUCCGCUGUCCUACGGCGAACAUCAGGGGAAGCGCUCUCCGUCUCGCAGCCCCAGAAGAGGCUUUGCGCCCUACUUUGGCCCCCGGGAGGACUCGCCUCUCACCGGCGCCGUAGAGGCGCCAAGCAUCAAGCAGGAGCCCGAAGAACAGCCAAAUAAUCCGGGCUCCCUGGGCCUCCAGGAGAUCACACUGGAUGAUGUGAACGAGAUCAUCGACCGAGACAUCGGCAGCCUGAGCGGCGGCGCCGGGCCCGACCCGUUUGACCAGUACCAGCAGUACGACUGGGAGCAGAAGUCCAGCGAGUUCUGCGGAGGCCCUCAGUAGUCCAGUCCACGCUCGGCUUCCUCAGGACAACCGCUGCAGAGCUUCAAAACGCAAAACCGCGAGGGUCACUUGUGCACAAAGUGCGCCAAAACUGACCUUCAAGUGCCUGACAACCAAUCAGCCGCCUCCGACGAGUCGGCACGCUCGCCUCUCCUUCAGGGUACCGCAUCCGACUUACCGGUUUCCUCUUCGUCUGUCUCAGGAAUUUUAGCGGGAAACCAAAGAUGUUUUUAGCUAUUCGUGGAACCGUAGAACACAACAAAAAGGGCUGAUUUUUAACUUUUAAAGUAAUCCGAACAAUCAGUGACGUCGUUACCGAGGCUAGACGGAAAUCCCGAUGUUAUUUAUUAGGGAUGCACUGAAUCCAGAUUUUUUGGGGUUCGGCCGAAUACCAAAUCCACUGGUUAAUACUCGUGCUGGUCCGAUACCAUUUUUUUGCUUCCCAAGACCGAUUUCCGAUACCUAAACCUGCCUAUCGGCCGAUACCGAGUACCAAUCCGAUACCAGUGUAUCAUAUAUUUUAUCAUGAUAUAACAGCUGUAUACUA